AUGAUGGAUUUUGAUGAGCGUGGUCCCUGCUCCUCUAACAUGUAUUUGCCAAGUUGUACUUACUACGUCUCGGGUCCAGAUUUCUCCAGCCUCCCUUCUUUUCUGCCCCAGACCCCGUCUUCGCGCCCAAUGACAUACUCCUACUCUUCCAACCUGCCCCAGGUCCAACCCGUGCGCGAAGUGACCUUCAGAGAAUACGCCAUUGAGCCCGCCACUAAAUGGCACCCCCGCGGCAAUCUGGCCCACUGCUACUCCGCGGAGGAGCUCGUGCACAGAGACUGCCUGCAGGCGCCCAGCGCGGCCGGCGUGCCUGGCGACGUGCUGGCCAAGAGCUCGGCCAACGUCUACCACCACCCCACCCCCGCCGUCUCGUCCAAUUUCUAUAGCACCGUGGGCCGAAACGGCGUCCUGCCACAGGCUUUCGACCAGUUUUUCGAGACGGCCUACGGCACCCCGGAAAACCUCGCCUCCUCCGACUACCCUGGGGACAAGAGCGCCGAGAAGGGGCCCCCGGCAGCCGCGGCGACCUCCGCGGCGGCGGCGGCGGCGGCGGCGGCGGCGGCGGCAGCGGCCACGGGCACGCCGGCAACUUCAAGUUCGGACAGCGGCGCCGGCGGCUGCCGGGAGGCGGCGGCGGCGGCGGAGGAAAAGGAGCGGCGGCGGCGCCCCGAGAGCAGCAGCAGCCCCGAGUCGUCUUCCGGCCACACUGAGGACAAGGCCAGCGGCUCCAGUGGCCAACGAACCCGAAAAAAGCGCUGCCCCUACACCAAGUACCAGAUCCGGGAGCUGGAGCGGGAGUUCUUCUUCAGUGUGUACAUCAACAAAGAGAAGCGCCUGCAGCUGUCUCGAAUGCUCAACCUCACUGACCGUCAAGUCAAAAUCUGGUUUCAGAACAGAAGAAUGAAGGAAAAAAAAAUUAACAGAGACCGUUUACAGUACUACUCGGCCAACCCGCUCCUCUAAGGCUCCAGCCAACUGGAACUGGGUGGGGGGCUUCAUACACAUGAGAUUAUAUGCAGAUUUUGACCUUGACAAGGUCACGGCACGCGGUGACUUUUGAAGAAAUGCGAUGUGCAAGAGAGGGGAGGCUACACGGAGACAGCCUGGAAGGAGGCCGCUCGGGACGCUCCUGGGCAUCGGUGGUUAAGAUUUCUAACAAUAAUUGGAUUCGGAGAGUUGUGCAUCAGCGAGAAUGAAUGGUUCGGGGCCCCUGGUGGUUCACUCUUGGAGACUGCAGAGCUUCGGGUUGGGUGUGGUCUCCAUCAGGGACUGGGCCCCCUCCAGACCCCCUGGAGAAUGACCCCGACCAGGGACCCUCCACAUGGAGCCUGUCCACUUCCAGGACCCCUGCGUCAAGAUCUCCAAACCCAAUUCAGUUUGGGAACAGGAGCAGAAGGAAGGGGGAGGAUUCCUAGACAUCCGGAUUGGGGCUCCUUUCCAAAGCCAAUGUGAAAGAUGACUGGACUAAGAGGACGCUGUGAGGUGGGAGAGGGCUGCUGAUCCUUGAGGGAAAAAUAAUCUACUAUUCCAGGUGGCAUUAGGGGCUCUCCACCCCCUCCUAGCCACUCACCACACUGUCCCAGGCCUGAGCUUCCAGCAGUCGACUUCUGCAGCUCACCUAGUUUCUCCUAUGAUUAGGGUGUUCGUCCUGGCCUGCCACUCUGGCCUAAAGCCUAGUGACAGAGCAGACCAUUCCCUGAGGUGGAAGACAUCAAAAAGCCGAGAGGCUGCACCCAGGCCGCUGGCCCCCAGAUCCCUGCAGGAAAUGCCUGUGGAGUGCGGCAGCUUGGCAAAGUCUACAGCACGCUUAAAUCAAGCUUGGAUUUGCUCAGCGGAGCGGCGGAGCAGCAGAGCAGCAGGCCUGGCCAGCGGUCCCCAGCUAUGAGGGGCUUGAGCCCCCCCAAGCACCCAGUUCCCACGCCGCGCUCUGCCCUUCGUCACCCCAGAACUGAGCUUGGAAGCUUCCAGCGACCUUCCAAGAGCUCGAGAGUGAUUUGGAAUUAUUUUAAAAGAUAAAUAUUAUAUUAUAUAUAUAUAUUUCCCUGAAAGAACCAAAGCAAAUUUUAAAAGAUGCAAUGUAGAGGGGGAGAAAAGAUGAAGAAAAUAUUUAAAGGCUCUAUCUGUUUACAGUGUUCCAUGGUUAAACUCACUCACUGCUAAAAAUAUUUGAAUGUAUGCUUCAUACAGGGAUGGUGUUCAAAAGACUUGUAAAUAAAGGAACUAUAACCUAUUUUGUUUGAGAAUAUAUAUAUAUUUUUUGCCAUUAGUUGAUUGCCUUUGGGGUAUUGGAGGGGAUGGAAAGUGUGUCGGGAAUGGUCUUUUUAAUUUCUUGCAUAUUUGAAAAGUGUUAGGGAGAUGCUCUGAGGUUGUUCGGCCCUCCAGGGUCUGGGGACCUCAGCUGAGAAAGGCAGGCACCCUUCCAUUAAAUCUCCUCUGCCCCCCUGUGUUAAGAAGCGUCUGGUGGCUCUGUUUGUAACAGGAGUAUUGGCCUGUCCUCCAUUCUCACCCACUGCGUAUGUCGCAGCAUGUAUACAGGUGACAGGGCACAAGGAAAAU